AUGGCAGUUAUUAUUAUUGCACUACCAAAGGAAGUACUUGCAUACCUACAGGAUGGUGGGACACUUGUUCUGCCAGAAGGUUCUGGGGACUCAUCACAACUUCAUCAGAGCAACAGGCGCCAGCACAAUGAUGAGUAUGAGGAUGAGAACUGGGACACUGAAGAUGAUGACACUGAAGCACUUCCUAACUUUUCGGAGUUUGAUGGACAGUUGAGGGCGGCUAUUGAUGAGUUAGGUGGAAGUGUCUUUCCUAGGCUCAACUGGAGUUCACCAAAGGAUGCAAGCUGGAUAGCAUUUGGCAAUACGUUGAAGUGUAAAUCCCCGGGCGACAUAUAUCUCUUGCUGAAAAGUUCUGAUUUCGUCACACACGAUUUGACUCAACCGUUCAGUCUGUGUGAGGAUGCUGACUGUGCAAAUGCGACCCGUGUCAAGUAUGACAUAGUGUUACGUGAAUGGUGUGAGAUCAACCCCAGUACGGAAUUCCGAUGCUUUGUGAAAGGCGAUGAAAUCAUUGGCAUUUCACAGAGAGAUGUUACCAGCCACUAUGAUUUCGUGGAAGCAAACCAGGAGGCAAUUUGCCGAGAUAUCCUGGACUUCUUCGAGUCGAAAAUUAAGGGGCGAUUUCUAGACGAGAACUACGUGUUUGACGCAUACAGAGUAGGCACGGGGAAUGUGUGCUUGCUAGACUUUAACCCAUUUGGUCCUGUUACCGAUUCACUUCUCUUCACCUGGGAUGAUCUAUAUCAGAAGACGACUCCUUCACAAAAUAUUUACCACAACUGUGAUAGCCUGAGCAAGGCAUUGGACUUCCAGUAUGUAGAGUCAGACUUCCGCUUGCAGCCAAACCAGUAUGGAAAGUACAGGGUACCGCGCGAUCUAUCUGGUAUUUCAUCGAAAAGCGACCCAAGCAGACUGAUAGACUUAUUGAAAUCUCAAACCAUGAUGCAAAGAGAAGAGGAGUCUUCAUCAUCCGAUGAUACCAACUCGUGAAAUUCAUGUAUUAAUGUGAUGUAAUUGAUUUUUAUACGGGUAGUGCUACUGCCUCCAAUGUCUUUUACCCUAUGGACUUAUUACCCAAAUACUGUUACUCAUAUUGGUACACUCUCGAAAUAUAUGACCACUUUUUCGGCUUAGAAGUUACAAAUGGCAAAA